UAUAAGCAGCAGGCAGUAGACUUAGACCACUUUUACUUAUCAUUUUUAUUUCUAUCACCUCUAUACAUAUAAGCCCCCACCGAUCCUUAACACAAAAUCUAAGAAAAAAAGCCACCCUUUUAUAAAUUCUUUAAUUUUAUCAUUUUGACAACAUGAAGAAAGGAAUGAGCCCUAAUUUAAAUUGUAACGGUAGUGAAGUCGCAAGGGGAGUGAGCAACAGUUCACGUCAUCCGAUGCGAAUCAGCAAAGAUUCGCACGUCAUCCAAAAACCCCCUUCUAAUCACCAUCCAUCCGCCGGCGCGAAGCCGCGGCAGCCGUUGAUCAUAUACACGCACUCGCCGAAGGUCAUCCACGCCGCGCCGAGCAACUUCAUGAAGCUGGUGCAGAGGCUCACCGGCCAGUCCGACGACGGCGACGGGGAGGCAGCUACCGAGGCCGCGGCAAAAGUGGAGGUGGAGACGGUGAAGGAGGAGGACGAAAAAGUAGACACCAGCAGCGGCGGAUUUGGCAAUACCGUUGGCGGCGGCAUCGGAUCGUACGAAGAGAAUUAUGAAAUGGCGUCGUCGCUUGAUGAUCGGAGAUUUGUUGCCGACGUGAAUCAGGAUCCGGCGGCGUUGUACAGAAUGCCGUAUUUGGUGGAGGCGGAGCCGCAAUUAAAUGGAUCGAGUGAUUUCUAUUGCUCGCCGCGGACGAGCGCGAUGUUCCAAUCUGCGAUGGCUGCCAGCGCGAUCUCACCGUACAUGGAUUACAUGAAGCCGUAUACCGAUUACUGACCGUUGGAUUCAUUGUGGUGGAUGAAGAUUUAUUAAGAGGUGAAACUAUUUCAUUUUUGUUACAAUUUAGGUUUGGGUAGAGAAGAGAUUUGGAUGAAAUUAUUUCAUUUUUUAUGAUUUAGAUUUGCCUAGAAUUUAGGGAGAAAACAUUUUAAUUCUUUAAUUAAUCAGCCAUGUGUGAAGGUUGAUUGCUACAUCCUUUGCAUAUUUGUGCUGCUAAUAAAUUUUGCAGACAGGUCUACACAUUAUUUGUUGAGUUAAUUA